AUGUCAGGAAUAUUAUUUGAAGAUAUGUUUAUUGUGGAUUCAACUGAUCCAGGAAGAUAUAAUAAAGUAUCGAGAAUAACUGGUCAUUCAUCAACAUCAAAAGAUAUUACCAUUACAUUAGAUAUAAAUAAAGAAUUAUUUCCUGUUCAAAAUCAUGAUUCAUUAACUAUUACUUUAGCAUCAUCAUUAGGUAAUGAAUCAUCAAUGAUUACAUCUAAUGGUUCAUGGAGACCACCUAAAUUUGAUGAUAAAUCAUUAGCUGAUGAUUAUGAUUAUGUUAUGUAUGGUACAAUUUAUAAAUUUGAAGAAAAUACUGAUAAUGAUAAAAUGGCAGUUUAUAUUUCAUUUGGAGGAUUAUUAAUGAGAUUAGAAGGUGGAUAUCGUUCAUUAUCUAAUUUAAAACAAGAAAAUGCUUAUAUUUUGAUUCGUCAUUAUAAAGAUAAUUAA